AUGACCAUGAGUGUAGAUGGGCCUCUGCCUAAUCUGAAGAAACAGCUUCGACUAGAUUUGUGUCUCGUUCCAUACAUGGACCAAGACGGUAAAGAUUUCCUACGUAGAUUUGACAGCUGGUGGACAAACUCUUUCCAAUUCUUUGGAGAUUUAGCGAAGACUGACCACCGCAUUACAGAAGAAGUAGAACGGAAGUUAUUCAUCAAAUGCAUAGACGAAGAUUUACGUCUGUGGCUUGAGAACUCCGUCUUACCGAAACAGAUUAAAGAUAUGAGGUUACCUGAGCUUCUUGAGCACACAGGCAGUUUAUUUAGAAAGAAAUACAAUUUUUCAAUCGUGGAGCGGGUACGUCUUCACAGACGUCUUCAACAGACUGGUGAGACUGUUCAUUUAUAUUUAGAUGCAUUGAAACAACUAGCUGCAAAUUGUUGUUUUGCUCCGGCGGAAUAUCAUAGUAGACUUAGAGAUAUUUUUGUUGCUGGUUUGCGCAACGAUGAAAUGUUGCAGAAGAUCUAUGAAAGGGAUAAUCUUUUGACGACACCUCUAGAACAGGUACUGGAUUUCGCUAGAACGUUGGAGAGUGCCAUGGAUAGUGUUGCAGCAACACGAGAUACGUCUACGUCAGUGAAUUUGGAGACCAUCCAAAAAAAUCAGGAAAACAAGGCAUCAACCAAGGCAAGCAAAGGAAGAUCGAAUUUAUACACGAGAGCAGACGUAUCUUUACUAAAUGCUCAGUCUUGGGAAUGUCUUGGGAGUCCUAGAUUGUCGGCUUCUCAAGGAAGACUUCGAAAUGCAUGGGGAAAAGAAGGAGUGGGAACCAAUCUACUUGGGAUGGAUUGGAUAAGGAAAGUUGGACUUGCAAUAACAUGUAUUGAAUUUCUUAAAAGCUUGGGAGGCCCAGUUGUGUUACCGGUGGAAGUAAUAGCACCAAUCGCUUUGAAUGGGUUGUUGUAUGAAUUUUCUGACAUACUUCAGGAAGAGUUGGGACGUUGCAGUGAGAAGGCAAGCAUCCAAGUUCGUCCGGACGCAGAUCUCAAAAUCAUUCCGUUUAGAAGACCUCUUAAGCAUCUGAGAAAACAAAUAGAGCUAGAAUUAGACAGACUGGUUGAAAGAGAGGUUUUGGAGCCAGUGAAUAAUUCAUUAUGCGCUUUUCCAACUGUCAAUAUUGUGAAGCAAUCAGGAUCUGUACGAGUAUGUGGAGACUUUAAGGAUAUCAACAAAUUUAUGGUGGUAGACCAGCACCCGAUUCCACACCUGUCUGAUCUUUUCACUGUUCUCGUGGGAAGGCAAAAAUUCUCUAAGAUAGAUUUGUCAGAUGCGUAUAAUCAAUUGGAACUGGAUUCGGAAAGUCAGAAAUAUUUGGUGAUAUAUCCGCACAAAGGCUUGUUCAAAUUUCGUCGAUUACCAUUUGGAGUGAGCUCUGCACCUGAUAUAUUUCAAAGAGUAAGGAAUAAGAUGUUAAAUAAAAUCAAGAAAACCACUAAUUUCUUUGAUUACUUUUUGGUGACAGGGUCCGAUGAUGAAGAACAUUUAAAAAGCUUGUCUGAAGUGUUGAAGCGUAUCAGCGAUCAUGGCCUUCGCUUGAAGGAAGAUAAAAGUUCAUUCUUUCAGUCAUCGGUACAAUAUCUUGGUCAUAUCAUCGACAAGCAUGGUAUUCAGCCUUCGAAAGAGAAGAUAAAAGCCAUUCAAGACAUGCCGAUUCCUACAAAUCAAGCUGAUUACGUUCAUUUCUAG